AUGUUUCAAGCAGCAUCUUCCUCCAGGAGACCCGCCAUGGCUGCCGUAGUCCUCUCGUUACUCCUCAUCUCGAAUCUCCUACCGUACCAGGCCCAGGCAACCAGCGCUGCCGCGAUAGCACCAAUCCCCGUUUUAAGCGACAUCGAAUUAACACGGCUCAAAAUCUACGAGGGGGUUCUACACCAACUCGCCAUGAAUCAACUGCAAAAGACUCUUCCGGGGAAAAUCGCCGCGCUGCCGCCCACCCCGUUUUCCAACAUGACCUCCCAAGUGAUCGUCCUAGAUCGCGCGUUCCUCGUCGCGAAGGGUUACAAGUUUCACGAGUUCGCCCUGCCGCCAGGUCUCGCAAUCGACACCACGGCGAAGCAGGUCGCGCUGGUCUACAACACUCUGCCGAACGACACGGCACCAUUCAAGCCAGCCGACGACGGGAUCGAGUUCAUGCCAUUUUUCACGGGCCUCGAUAUUGUCGCGUAUCCUCCUGUCGCGACACCGGGCGCCGCUUUCGGCAAGUCGUUACAAGUGACGGCGCCGGCAGGGUCACCCAUUGUAAUCACGUUCCCGGCCCCGGUCACGGAUCCGAAGUAUCCGCCGCAAUGUGCGGUGUUUAGUGCCGCAGGAGGGCCUAAGUACCUGACCACAACGGUGAACGCCGCCGCGAAAACGAUCACCUGCAAGAGCUCCACACUCGCGGAGUUUACGCUCGCGUCAGGCCCCUCCGUUCCCCUUCCGCCGACACCUCCGCCCACGCCUGCGCCCACGCCUGCGCCCACACCUGCGCCCGAGCCUGCUCCCACACCUGCGCCCGAACCUGCGCCAGCGGCUCCUUCGAAGCAGCUCGAAGCCAUGGCUCUCGCCGCGGAAAAGGCGGCGAGUCUCGAGACGGCGCUUAUCGGCGCGAGUCGCACUCCCGCCGCUGGCUCGCUGCGAACAAAGGCGAAGCUGGAAAACGAAACGUUUUGA